AUGAUAGACCAGCUUCUGACUGAUUUCUUGCCUCUUUCCAUUGCUGGAGUUGCUUUCGUAGCGCUGAUCGCUCGGCUGCUGUACAAUAGGUAUGGCACCGGCCUGAGUCACGUACCAGGUCCGUUCCUCGCGAGUUUCACAGACGUAUAUCGGCUUGCAGUAGUUCGGGGAUACCGGCCAGAACGUUGGCACAUCAAGCUCCACGAGCAAUAUGGUGAUUUCGUGAGGAUUGGGCCCCGGACGGUACUAUGUUCGAGUAACGAGGCAGCCAAGAAGAUAUAUGCACUGAAUGGCGGUUUCGUGAAAUCAGACUUCUACAUCGUGCAGCAGACGUUGGCAAAAGGGGUCCCGCUGAAGACACUAUUCACUUCGACUGACGAGGCCUUCCAUUCGAGGCUGCGACGAUCCGUCAGCAAUGCCUAUGCAAUGACAUCCCUCGUCCAAUUCGAACCUUUCGUCGACUCCACGACAGUUGAGUUCCUAAAACAAUUGACCCAGCGAUACGCCAACAAAGGAGGCGAGUUUGGCGUUGUCGAUUUUGGCGCAUGGCUCCAAUACUACGCGUUUGAUGUCAUCUGUGAGCUGACCUAUUCUAAGCGGAUGGGCUUUGUAGAUCGCGGCCAAGACGUUGAGAACGUCAUAUCGAGUCUCGAAUGGCUUUCAGGUUAUGCUGCAGUAAUUGGACAGAUCCCGUAUCUUGAUCGACUGCUCCUGAAAAAUCCUAUACGUCGCUGGCUGAGCGCACGUGGUUUCAUACCAAGCACACCGGUAGCAGUGUUUGCCAGUAAACGUAUACAGGAAAAGGCGCACCGGAAAGACCCAGACUUCAUGAGUCAAGAGCGUGUCCUUGCACUCACGGUAGCGAACAUGUUCGCGGGCUCUGAUACCACUGCUAUAUCACUCCGCGCGAUCUUUUACAAGUUGAUCAGAAACCCAGACAAGCUCACUAAACUACGCACAGAGCUGGAGGAACUUGACUCGACAGGCCGAGCUGUAACCGGUAACGCACUGGUGGCGUGGAGUGAUGUGCGAGAGCUGCCGUACCUGAGUGCGGUUAUCAAUGAGUCGUUGAGGACACACCCCGCGGCGGGUCUACCUCUAGAACGAAUCGCCCCAGCUGAGGGCAUUCAGUUUGAUGAUGUCUUCAUACCCGGUGGUACUAAUAUCGGCUGCAGCGCUUGGACUCUGCAUCUCGACCGAGGUAUCUGGGGUCAGGACGCAGGGGUGUGGAGGCCUGAAAGGUGGCUUGAAGCUAGCGAGCAAAAGAAGGCUAAGAUGAAGAACAGCAUGUUUGCCUUCGGGGCUGGCUCGCGCACCUGCAUUGGAAAGAACGUCAGCUACUUGGAGAUGUAUAAGCUGGUUCCUGCGGUAUUGCGCAGCUUCGAUAUCGAAUUAGCGUACCCGGACAGAGAAUGGACGCUGCAUAAUGCGUGGUUUGUCAAACAGAGCGAUUUUUAUGUUAAGAUUCGCUCGAGAAGUCAGAUUUGA